UUGUGUGACACAUACGCGCGCGUGGCCAGCAAAGGCAUCGGCAGAAACAACAACAACAACAAGCGGUUUCGCGUGACGUUUCGUUUGUGCAAAACAUUUUCCACCAAAACUGCCGGUGAUCGCCGGUGAAUCGGAAAAACCCGUACACUCGCGUUGAGUCCGCGCAGCUUCGAUCAAGUCGCCUGAAGGAUGUCCGAAAGAAACACGGUGCACGGUGGAUAACAGUGCGACAGUGGCGUUCCUUUGGUUGGUUGGUUGCGAAAAAAAAGGUCGGUAAAAAAAGGAAAAGGAAAACAAAACAACCGUAAUACAACGCGUGCGUGCGAAGAAACGAUACUAGCAAAAGCUGCGAACAGAUCCGCCGAGGGAAAAUCGGGUGGAAAAUAAUGUGCGCGAUCGCUCGCCGGUGAACCAAAGCGAGUGAAGUUCGGUUCGUGUGUUGUGUGCCGGCCAAAGUAUGCCACAAUAGCACCCGUAGGCUGCAGCGGUCUCGUGUCUCGGCCCAUCAGAAACGAAGAAAAGAAGAAAAAAGCGAGAAGCAGCCAAAAAAAAAAAACAACCCGCCCCGGUGGUUUGGUGCGGUGAAAAUUUCCGGAAAACCGGAAGCGAACGCACGUUGCGCGAAGUGUGAGCUCUCGAUCGAUUGCGACCGACAGCAGGCAAAAUAAAAAUCCCGGUGAAUGAUUGAGACAGUGCUAGGAGAUCGGCGUUCCAGCGGCUUUGCAGUAGCAGCUGAAGAGAAAACCAUGUCACAUUUUCCCUUCCGUGGCUCGCCAUCCGCCCAGAGCACCACACCGACAGUUCCGUCUGCGCCAUCGUCCCCACCGACAGCGCCAGUCGCGAUGGCCGUUACGACCGUACCACCGAGCGCUCGAAGUGCAUCGCCUUGUUCCGCCACGUCAGGACCUCCGACAGGUGGACCCGGAAGUGCGACCGGUGGCGGUGGUUCCGGUGGGCGGUGCUGUGACACGGGUCGACCCAUCUUCACGGAUCCCAUCUCCGGGCAGACCGUUUGCUCGUGCCAGUACGAUCUCAUCAGCUACCAGCGGUUGGCCAGUGCCGGUAUUGCCGGUCCCGGUGGAGUUCCUCUCUCGAUGUACAGCGCACCCUACUCACCGGAAACGAUGGCCGCCUAUUUUCCGGCCAUCGGUGCCGAUCAGGCCCCGUUCUACGCCAACCCAGCGGCUGCGGGCAUCGAUCUGAAGGAGAACCUCGCCGCUGGUGGCGCUCCGUGGCCUUAUCCCUCCGUUUAUCACCCGUACGAUGCGGCUUUUGGCUAUCCCUUCAACUCGUACGGCAUGGAUUUGAACGGAGCGCGACGAAAAAAUGCCACACGCGAAACGACAAGCACCUUAAAGGCCUGGUUGAACGAGCACAAAAAGAACCCCUACCCGACCAAAGGCGAGAAGAUCAUGCUAGCGAUCAUCACCAAGAUGACGCUCACGCAGGUGUCCACGUGGUUCGCGAACGCCCGGAGGCGACUGAAAAAGGAGAACAAAAUGACCUGGGAACCGCGGAAUCGCGUCGAGGACGACGACGUCAAUCUGGACGAUGACGACGAUGACAACAAGAGCUUAAAGGACGAUAAGGAAAUCCUAGAUUCCAAAGAUUCCGGUACGGGUUCGAGUGAAGACGGCGAUCGACCUUCGCGAUUGGAUAUGCUCGAUCGUCCUGGUGGUAGCGAGUGGAACGGAUCACGGAACGGCAGUGGUCCCAACUCUCCCGACAUCUACGAUCGAGGUAUCCCUGGGGCCCAUCAUCACCCACUGCUGCAUCCUUCCAAUUUCCCGCCACACCUAAGGCCCGCCAUCGCGACACCACCGGACGUAAACCACACACCCAGUGGUAGCACGAAUCCGAGCACGAAACCACGCAUCUGGUCCCUUGCCGACAUGGCCAGCAAGGAGAACAAGGACUCGGAUUCAUCCUCACCAACGGCUGGUGGUUAUCCUGGGUCGCCUGGAAAAAUCCCCGUAGCACCACUCGCCGGUCGAGGACUUAACCCAUUGCACCAUCACCCAUACAUGCGACCCGACUUCUAUCGGAACUUGUACGGGCAUCACUUAGCGCCAGGAUCACCCGAGGUGUCCUUGCUUGAGUCGUACCAGCGCACGUUUGGUGCCACGAUCGGUGCCCAUAAUGGAUUGCCCGUUGGCAUCAACCCGCUUAUAUCGAAGGCUUCCGGCAGUGGGCCACCCUUCGCACCGCUUAGCCUCACCACCGCCAAUCACCACCUCCACCAGCAUCAGCUACACCCACACACGGCACCUCCACCGGGCGCAUCGCCGGCAUCGAGCACUUCGAGCACUGGGCCGGAAAAUCUCGCCCCAGCGCCUGUUUCACUCGCACCGGUUGGACCCGGACCGAAUGAGGUGAAGCUGAUCAACGUGCUGGCGAAUAGCGCCAAGCCUUGACCGAUCGUGGCGAUCAAGUAAGUGCGACAUGCGGCCCCUUCUUUUACCAAAAAAAAAAUAAACAAACCGACAGCACGCCACUUCCCCACACACAACACAAUCGGAAUCGAAAUCGGACAAUAAACGAGCGCGGUGGAGCAAUCGAUCCGGGCUUCUAAACAGACACAAGGCGUAGUCAAAACCCCGCGUCGGAGUAGGCCGUCCUGUUUUUUGGGACAUCCUUUUGGAGCGCAAAAUGGAUUCCUCUGUCAGUGCAUUGGUUUUUCCUCUUGCUGUAUAUUACCAACACGGCUGUUUCAUGGCCUGUUUCGUUAACCUGUCUUUUGCUGUCCUUUUGACUGCGUUUAGCAGCAGAAAUGCUCCCUAGUUGCACCCUCGAUCACCACCGUUUUCUUCCUAGUCUGGGUGGGUGACGUCCCCAACCACCCAACACACUUGCAAACACUCACACACACACAGAAACCAAGGAUCCAAACGGAACGGCACACGAGCACCACGUGGUGUAAAU